AUGAUAUUGCCGAGUGUGUGCAUCAAGGUACCAGUGUUCUUCUGCUAUCGUGAUACCCGAGAUGGAGGUGAAGAGAUUGUUGGUGGCAUUCUGGCAAUGCCCAAGACGCGUUCCUAUGUUGAUGAGCUAUUCCAAUCCGCAGAAGAAGAGCAUAAUACCAAAUAUGGUACAUAUUUAAAGAUGUUGGCAACUCUACACCAGCAGGCGGAUAUUUGUAGGCGUUAUAAUGUUGAUGAGCUGUUUUUCACUUUAAUGGGAAAUGUCAUACCGUCAUUGCGUGCUCAAAAUGUUGGCAAACGUUUGCUGGAUGAAUCCGUUACCUUGGCAACGGAAAGGAGAUUUAAAGUCUACACGGUGGAUUGUACAAGUAACUAUUCGGAUCGAGUAUGCAGCGAACAUAUGCGUAUGCAUAAAUUGGUUUCAUUGAAAUAUAAGGAUUUUGUGGAUGAGCGAGGAAGACCUUAUUUUGUGAUUCCUGAACCCCAUCAAGGGGUUAAUACCUAUGCUGCAACUUUGCCAUGGCCUAUAAAAGCUUUUCGGGAAUAUAAAUGUUAG